GUGACUUGUUUGGGUGAAGUUGUACCUGUAGUAGGCCGUGUUUGUGUGACUUGUUUGGGUGAAGUUGUACCUGUAGUAGGCCGUGAUUGUGUGACUUGUUCGGGUGAGGUUGUACCUGUAGUAGGCCGUCGACUUUCAGGUAGAGUAACGCUGCUGUCUCGUGUGUUUUGGCAAUCAUGGCGCAUCAUGUGCCCCAGCAGCCUGGGAUGACUAGCCACCUAGCUGGUCAGCUCUUUCUUCACUUUGUCCGAGAGCAAUUGAAGGUUGACGCCCCUUUCUUCAUUGACCUACUUCGAUCUCUAAGUGCCCAGAGUGAAACCUCAAAUGACCCCGACUACCAGUACAUAGCGACCACACUGGACCAACUGGCAGAUGAGUUCAAGCGAUACGAACACAGGCAGUUGACCAAAGACGAAGCUAAUAAGCCGAAUCUGGAACUGAGCGAAACAGAUUUCGCAGAACUUGUGCGUAUGUUGCUGGGUCCAGAGUCUGACCAGCACCUGUCCGACCAGAUUGUCGUCAUGUUCUUCUACUUCUAUGACUUCAUGAUGAGGAUGGCGAUUAAGGGCACGCCCAGGAUGGACGAGGUCUUACAGUGGAGCCAGCAAGCUUUUUCCCAACACCUGGACGCUAAGGUGGACGCCGCUGGUGGAUGGAGAGCAGUUCUAAAAACACCGAAGACUGGAUUCCUUUCAUCCAUCACACGAUUUUUUUCUUUUGGGACUAGAAGAAAAAAUUAACAUACAAAAUAUUUUGUAAUUCUACUUUUAAGUCAUUAAAUGGAGAAAAUAUUUCCAUGUAUCUUUAAGUGGUAUCAUUGAGAAUAACUCAUUAAAAUUAUAAAUGUAACAGACAUAUUUGUGAAUUUUAAACUAAAAAAAAAUAAUUGUUUUUGUUCAAUAUGAAUUAUAGUCAAGGUUUGUUUGAUCGAAAUUUUGAUAGCUUUAACACUAAAGCUAACUGGCUUCUACAGAUUCUAGCGUCUUUAAAAUGAUGGGCAACAAUAAUUGACUCACCUGUCAAUUUCAUAUAGAACAAUAUACGGAAAUGAUUUUUGUUUUAACAUGGGUUUAAACACUUUUCUAUUGUACUACAAUAAAUGUAUUUAUUUA